GUGGCACCAGCACUAGCGGUGGAGGCGGAAUGGGCAGCUGCGGAUUCGAUCAAGUUUCAGGAGGAGCCUACGGGGGCGGCACGCCGCUUUCCAUGCUACAGCUGCCCCCCUCCGCCCAUGCCGAGCUCAACGCCCACUUGGGGUCUCCAGGGUCGUCUGGGGCGAGCUUCACGCUGGACGGCGGGCAGGCGAGCGAGGCUGGCGAGACUGCGGAGCACGCUGAAGGGGAGGUUGGGUGGGUGUGUAAGUCUUGCCGCCUCGUCUUUCCCUCGCCCGCCCUCCUGGCCGCCCACCAGCGGGCUCUCGACCACACCCGCGGCGUCCUCAGGCUCACGCAGCUGCUGUAUGCGUGCACGGCGUGUCGCCACCACGCCGCCACCCUGGCGGACUACCGUCGCCACCUGGAGAGCGAGCAGCACCGGGUGUCGUUAGCUACGGUGAGCUCUGCGGGCGGCACCAUGGUGGAAGACGCGGAGGUGGCGGCAGUGGUGAGACAGAUUACAGCUCUGGCGCAGGCGGCGCACCCUGGUACCGACACCAACGGCAACAUAAACAAGGACAACGCUGCCUCAACUCCUGGGCUGCAGCCGGCCCCCAGCCAGUAGAGUAAACCACUUGUGGCCCACUGGGCCAUCUGGCUGCUACCCUCAGUGAUCAGCGCGGCUCCCGGGUCUUCUGGACCAGGCCUACCCUGGCCCGGGUCGCCUCGCCCCUCCUCGCAGGCCGGGCCUCGUGCCCCGCCCACUUAACGCCUCGCAGUAAACGCCCCGCGGCGGCGCCCCACAAACACUGUCGUGUGUCGCUGUGGCCUCGCCGCUCCUGUGUCCGUGUAGACGUCGUGUUGUAGCUAGCGGUCACCAGGCGCCGCAUACCACCCCGCCCGCGCCGGGUCGCCCGCACCACCACGCCCCCACACCCUCGCUGUAGCCUGCAGGGCCUCACAAUGUCCGCACUGCAUGAGGCGCGGGCGUAUCCCAUGUGCUGGAUACGGGCGGCUCGAGCGCGGGCUUGGGCAUUCAUUCAUACAAUCAGUUGAUCCUGUGGGUAAUGGUUCCUACGUAGGUUUAUCGUGGCCAGUACUAUGUUCCUGUAGAGAUAGUGUGACCCCGUGCUACCCGGGUCAAGGGCCGCUUCUUUACGUUCUCCGGUGACGCUGACGUGCGUCCACUAGUUCCUCACCUCCCUAAGGAGACAAAAGCAGCGGAGGACUCGCAUAUGUCAAGGUGAUAAUCCUGAAAACUUAGGAUAAGGAAACCUCGCAAGAUUCUUCAAAUGUAACCCUUAACAUCUACGCACUAGAUUCUCCCCCAUGGGAAACAUAUAUACGCAAGUGCAUUCUGAUGCAAAAUAAUAAGAAAACCCCACUUUUCUCCACGUUCCCCACACAAACAUGAAAGCCGUCAACUUGUGCUCGGAGGUUUAAAAGGAAUACACCAUAGGAAAUCCACACAAAUAUUAGUGAUACCCAGUCAUGGUGUCAGCGAAUAGGAACUUUGUAUUUAGUUUUAUUUCAGACAGGUUCGUAUCUGUGCACACAAUUACGAACAUGUAACCGUCUUGAAGUGAUGCUGAAGGCGCAGACUCCGCUGACGACCUCAACGCAUGUAUUGUACGGCUACUGGUUGGAGGGAGAGAAGAGCAGUGGGCAGAUAUCAGUAGGAGGAGCAUUAAUUUGUGAAAUAAGUCCAGGCUCUUGGCAUUUCUGGUAGGCACCCUGGCACUGCUGUUUGGCCUGUAUAAGUUCUCGAUGAUCAAGCUUAAAGGUAUUAAUUUCAGCAAUUGUUAACUAUUUAAAAAACAAAAUGGCGUGUUUAUUGUUCACCUAGAAGUAUGUAUAUCACAGAUGCCGGCACAAGUUAGCAUUUUGGCAAAUACUUUCAUUAAAUAGUAAAUCAUUAAUAAUUUCUUAUGAUCUGACUUGGUUUUCAAGUAAGAUACGCUUACAAAUUAUCAUAAGCAUUAUUAAUAUACAUAAACUUGUGCAACAAUCGUAAAUUCAGAGGUUAUAUUGAGCUUGCAAAAUACAUAUCAGGCGCCUGGAUGACAGAAGCAGUUAGGUUUUAAAUAAGAUAAUCUUUGAAAAGUUUCUUAUUAAAAUUCUGUUUUAAUACACAAAGCUUAUAACAAUUUAAAGGCAAACAUAUUUAACGUAGUAAAAUUUAUUACAACAAACUCGAACAGUUCCAUACAGCAUAGAUCCAGAGUAUCGUGGAGCGGGAGGCUAAGCAGUGGUGGUAGGGUGCUUGGCCGAUCAACUAUGGUACUAUGAGUGUGCUAUUGUUGUGAUGGUUUGCGGAAGACCGGGUUAAAUGGGCACUGACACCGAUCACCUGCCAGCGGUAACCGCCUGCAAACUACCGAACUACCUCUCAAUUGUUAAGAAUCCUUAGACCGGUUCCAUAGUUCCUAUCAGUGGUUGUGAUGUGAUCGGCAAUUGUUAGUCUUUAACUGGGGGUUUGAUAAGGGUACUUUUUUUGCUAUUCAAAAUAGAUAGAGAUGAGAGUAAACGCUAGAAGGCUCAAAUCGCUGAUCCGUCACUUAGAGGGAGCGUCAAGAGCAAUACAAAGUGUAGUUGGAGGUGUGGUGGCGGGUCAUCCUCGGUGGACGGGGUGAAAGGGCCACUCACACCGCCAUCUCCACACAUUCUGUGACCAAUUUCUCCAUAUUUAUAAUUCAGUUUUCACAAGCACUGCAGAGUUGUGACGCUGACCGUCAAUAGGAGUUUGUCUCCUCAGAUUUUCCUAGUCCGUAACAGUAGAAACGUGGCCAAAGGUUCUUUAUCGAGGCUCUAGUUCAGGGAAGGAAUUGGAAGUAGAUAACAGGCACAGUGAGCACAUAAAGUGGCUCUUACAUUGACCACUCCAGCUGGACUAGAGCAUGCCGCUUAAGGGUCUUGAAACCACACUAUUUUACCAGUACAUUUUGUUUCCAAAGCAUUACAGACUGCCUGGGGGCGCCGGCCUGGCCACCUAAAACACUCCUCCUGGCCUCAUUGUCAAUUCUGAAAACGUUCAUUUGUAUCAGAUAACGUUAGAAUUAAUCAUGUAUUACAGAAACUUCUUGGGGUUAUUAGUUGCCUGAACUUAAAAUAAUACAAAUAUAAAAUUCCUUCCAAACCAUCCAUAGGCAAAAUAGAUA